AUGCAACACAGAGCAAGAUUAAAUAUCAGAAACUACCAGAAUGUCUUGGCUUUCAUGUUUGCAAUAAAUGAAAUUAACAGAAAUCAGGAUCUGCUGCCUAAUAUCACUCUCGGCUUUCAUAUUAUCGAUGCCUGUGCAAAUGAAGAAAGGGUGAUGGCUGGAAUGUUCGACAUGUUAUCCGGAGGCGCUAUGCCAGUGCCAAACUUCUGCUGUAGUUCCAUGCAUAACUUGGUGGGUGUUGUUGAUGGCAUAUCCUCAAAAGUCACUAUCCUCCUGGCACGGCUGCUUGGAAUGUAUCAUAUUCCACAGGUUAGCUACUCAUCUUUGGACGUAAUACUAAGUGACAAACUACAAUUUCCUGCAUUUUACCGAACAGUCCCUAGUGACGAUUUACAGUGUGAGGCAAUUGUUCAACUAUUAAAAUAUUUUUACUGGACAUGGGUGGGUCUCUUUGUAUCUGAUGAUGAAUCCGGCUUAAAGAUUAGCCAGACGCUACAAAAAGAUUUUGCCAGAAAUGGUAUCUGCCUGGCUUUCCUUGAAUUUCUGCCUCUGAAGGAUUUAUUAGACGAAACCAGAGGUCCACGAAUUGCCAAAAGUAUCAACUCAACCAACGUCAUCAUUGUGUACGGUGACAGAAAUUACAUGUUUUCCUUACAGCUGAUAUUGUAUUUGUUCCCUGUCCCAGAAAAGGUGUGGGUCAUUUCUUCUCAGUGGGAUGUUUCUACUGGUUCUGACUUAUAUUUGCUGAAAUUUCAACCUUUCAAUGGUAGUCUUGCUUUCACGCUUUAUAAAACCCCAAUACCGAAUUUUGAAGAAUUUACUCGAGGCAUAAAGCCUGAACUUUAUCCCAAGGAUAUUUUUAUUGAUAACGUAUGGUUUGGGUUCUUCCAGUGUAAAUGGAAAAAAAAUGCAAGCGAUCCUGAAAAAUGUACAGGAAAAGAGAAACUCCACUAUGCAGAUCUUUCUUACUACAGUUACAGUGUAUAUAACGCAGUAUAUGCUUUAGCCAAUGCCUUACACUCAAUGUAUUCCAGCAAUCCAACCAAACUACGGGAUGGACAUUACUUUAAGUCUUGGAAGCUUCAUAAUUAUUUGAAGAAUCUGCACUUCACAAAUAAUGCAGGGUCUGAAGUAUUUUUUGAUGAAAAUGGAAACAUGCCAAUUACAUUUGAAAUCUUAAACUGGAUUGUGUACCUCAAUGACACUCUAGAUGGCAUUAAAGUUGGAAGCUUUAAUCCCCAACAUGGCUUCCAUAACUUGACUAUUAGUGAAAGCCUCAUUAGGUGGAGCAGUGCCUUCAAUCAGACUCCACGUUCAACCUGCAGUGAAACCUGCCUUCCAGGGUACAGAAAGACCCCUAGAGUAGGACGCCCCACAUGUUGUUAUGACUGCAUCCCUUGCCUGGAGGGUGAAAUAUCCAAUCAAACAGACAUGGAAGAAUGUGUCAAAUGUCCAGAAAACCAGUGGUCUAAUACCAACAGGGACACGUGUGUGUAUAAAGUCAUAAUUUACUUAUCAUAUGAAGAACCACUGGGUACCUCGCUGGCAUUGUUAUCAAUAAUAUUUUUUCUUCUUACCUGCUUUGUGUCGUUAAUUUUUACAAAAUACAGAAAAACUCCAAUUGUGAGAUCGAAUAACCGGGAUCUUAGUUACAUUUUACUCUUUUCCCUAAAGACUUGCUUUCUCUGUAACUUGUUAUUCCUUGGGCAUCCUAUCCGAGUGACAUGUGUUCUUAGGCAAACAGUCUUUGGUGUCACCUUCUCCAUUUCUCUUUCAUCAAUCUUGGCCAAGACUAUUACAGUAAUUAUUGCUUUCAGUGUCACCAAGCCAGCAAGCAAGUGUAGAAACUGGGUGGGAUCCCGUGUGCCUAAUUCUGUCAUAUUUAUUUGUUCCAUUUUACAAGUGACAAUAUGUGCUUGUUGGUUGGGAACCUCCCCCCCAUUUCCUUACUAUAAUAUGGAGGAUGAAGUUGGGAUGAUAAUUGCUCAAUGUAAUGAAGGAUCAGUCUUUGGAUUUUAUUGUGUCCUGGGAUUUACUGGAAUUCUGGCCUGUGUCUGUUUCAUCAUUGCUUUCCUUGCAAGGAACUUGCCCAAUAGUUUCAAUGAAGCCAAGUUUAUCACCUUCAGCAUGUUGGUGUUCUGCAGCGUGUGGGUCUCUUUUAUUCCAGCCUACAUGAGCACUAAGGGCAAAUAUGUUGUGGCAGUGGAAAUAUUUGCAAUCCUGGCAUCUAGCCUGGCACUACUGGGCUGUAUAUUUAUCCCUAAGUGCUAUAUUAUACUUGUAAAACCUGAAUGCAACACCAAAGUAUGUCUCAAAAAAGUAUAA